UGAGAAGAGAUGAGCUUGUUCUACUUCACGCAGCUUCUUGUUGUUUUUUUUAUUUCUCUUGUCUUGUUCUUCUUUUAUUCUUCUUUAUUUAUGCUUAUGGAGCAGAGAAAAGAGAGAGAAGCGAUCGAUCUCCUCUUCCUCCUCACUAGUCAAACCCAUUAUUAUUUGAUCCGAUUAUAUAUAUAUAUAUAUAUAUAGCUGGGGAAAAAAAGAAGAUAAUCUUCUCAUCUUCUUAAUUGGAAAAAAAAAUAUGUAUGUUGAUCGAGGCUAGAGAUCAGAGAGAGUUGGUUUCUCCGCCGCUGAAGAAGACAAAGACAGAUCUGGAUGCGAUGGAGUUGGUUUGUCCGACUGAUGUGGAGGAAGAGGAGAUCGAAAUUCCCGCAACGUGAAAUCUCCGGAAAGGAAACAAGGACGAUCCUGAAUAUGCAAAACAGCGAAUGAUCUUUGAGAAGCAAUUUACAGAGAGUAAGGUCUCUACGCGACUUCCCAUUUAUAAGACCUAUUGGGCUGUUUUUCAUUUCACAGAUCUCAUUGAAAGUGUAACAAUGGAAGAGCCAUUUGUGGAUCGUUCAAGUUUACCUGUGCUGCAUCCAUCUCGGUUAAAUGGAGCUAAAUGGUUUAAAUACCACACCCAAGUAUCAACUGGUGUACGAAAGGUCAUUCAAAGUUGUUUUAAGGGACCAUGGUACUCUUGGAGAAAAGUGCCUCCCUUCUACAAAAGAACCUGGUUUACACUGUUUAUGAAAAAGUUUAACUGGGAUGCUUCUAUCAACUAUCAAGUUGAACGAGAGUUCAAAAAGCUUGCUGCAUAUCGCCUCAAAGGAAUGAUAAGCCAUGCUAAGAAGGGAGGAGAAAAACCAGAUUGGAUUUUGUCUGAUUAUUGGACGAUUAUGCAGGCACAUUGGGCAACAGCAAAAGCAAAAGCAACAAGUGAGAAGGCUCGUGCUUCCCGAAUGUCUGAUCGCAAUGGUUUAGGCCCACAUUCUCAUCUAGCAGGUUCAAGUUCGUAUGUCAAAGUUCAAGCUGCUUUGGAAGCAAACAAUGAAGAUUACUCAUUUAUUGCUGUGAUGAAGAAAACACAUCAAAAGCCUGACGGAACCUAUGUUGAUCAACGAGCAAGAUUGGUUGCAGAAACUUAUGAAAAGCAUGUACAAGAACGCUUGGAACAACUUGAAUCUUCUGGUGAAGAGAAUGUGACAGCUGAAAAUCUUGACAAAGCUGAGAAAAAUGAGAUUUAUAUCAAGGCUGCUGGAUCAUCGAAACAUGGUCAUAUCUUUGGACUUGGAGCACUUGGUGAGUUUUUACCAUCUGUUGGUGCCUCUUCAAGUGUACCACAAUCUGGUGAAGAAAUAGAGACAAUAACACAUCGGAUGCAGGAGAUGGAAACUGAUCUGAAAAAAAACCUUGAAGAAAAUCAGCAAAUCCAGAAAAGACUUGAAGCUAUGGAGAAACUUGUUGAAUCUUUUGCAAGUCAAAAUGUCUAAAUCCAACACCACUACCAAGACCAUCCACCUUUAUCUAACUACUAUGGUUUGUUUGUAUUUUCUUAUGUUUAUGGAUUAACUUUGUGCUUGGUUUAUAUUUCCUUUCAGUUGUGUUUAUGUAUCAACUUUGUAUUUGGAUGUUAGUUUGUUAUCUAUAUAUUAUUGUUUGCAUA